UCUGAAUCAUAACGUAACGUUACAGGGUAUGGUGGUUCUAUGGCUAACGGCGAUGUUACCGCAAGUGAAGCCAUCACCUUGUGUAGCAACAGCCGGAACCAACUGCAGUUCCGCGACAUCUUCCCAAUUGGCUCUUUUGUAUUUCGCAUUUGCACUUAUAUCGAUUGGAUCAGGCGGAAUCAGGCCAUGUUCUUUAGCCUUUGGUGCUGAUCAGUUGGACAACAAAGAGAAUCCUAAGAAUGAGAGAGUUCUUGAGAGUUUCUUUGGUUGGUACUACGCUUCUUCAUCGGUUGCUGUCUUGAUCGCUUUCACCGUCAUUGUUUACAUUCAAGAUCAUCUAGGAUGGAAAAUCGGGUUUGGAAUACCCGCGAUUCUCAUGCUGCUCGCGGGUUUCUUGUUUGUUUUCGCUUCUCCUCUCUACGUUAAACGAAACGUGAGCAAGAGUCUGUUCACUGGUUUAGCUCAAGUGGCUGUUGCAGCUUACGUGAACAGGAAGUUAAGUUUGCCUGAUCAUCAUGACUCCAACGACUGUUAUUAUCGGUUGAAAGAUUCUGAAGUCAAAGCUCCAAGUGACAAAUUGAGGUUUAUAAACAAAGCUUGUGUCAUAAGAAACCGCGAGGAAGACCUUGGUUCUGAUGGUUUAGCCUUAAACCCAUGGAGGCUAUGCACAACGGACAAAGUUGAGGAACUCAAGGCGUUGGUCAAGGUGAUACCGGUAUGGUCCACAGGGAUAAUGAUGUCGAUAAACGUUAGCCAGAACUCGUUUCAGUUACUUCAAGCUAAAUCAAUGGACCGACGUUUAAGCAGCGGUUCGACCUUCCAAAUCCCAGCUGGAUCUUUCGGUAUGUUCACAAUCAUAGCCUUAAUCUCAUGGGUCGUUCUGUACGACCGCGCAAUCCUCCCUUUAGCUUCCAAGAUCCAAGGUAGACCGGUUAGGAUCAAUGUCAAGAUUCGAAUGGGAUUAGGGCUAUUCAUAUCCUUCUUAGCAAUGGCGCUUUCCGCAACUGUUGAGCAUUACAGAAGGAAAACCGCAAUAAGCCAAGGACUCGCCAACAACGCCGACGCAACAGUGAACAUCUCAGCGAUGUGGCUGGUACCACAGUAUGUGCUACAUGGUUUAGCAGAGGCCUUAACCGGGAUAGGACAAACAGAGUUUUUCUACACAGAGUUCCCUAAAAGCAUGUCCAGCAUUGCGGCUUCCCUGUUCGGUCUAGGAAUGGCGGUGGCUAAUAUCUUGGCUAGUGUGAUCCUAAAUGCGAUCAAGAGUAGCUCAAAGAAGGGAAACGUUAGCUGGAUUGAAGAUAAUAUCAACAAGGGUCACUACGACUAUUACUAUUGGGUUUUAGCGAUCUUGAGCUUCGUUAAUGUUAUCUAUUACGUUGUGUGUAGCUGGUCGUAUGGUCCUACGGUAGAUCAGGUGAGGAAUGACAAGGUUAAUGGUGUGAGAGAAGAAGAAGAGGAAGUUAUAAAAUUAAACUAAGAUCCGGAAAUGGUUGAUCACAAAUGGUACUGUUCGUGUGUUAUUAAAAAAAUCUAUAUAUUUGUAUGUAAUUAGAUUAUUAUAUAUAAUGGAUUUGGAUUUUCUUAGGAUGUAGAGGGAUGAUGUUAAAUUAAUGGGUGUGCUUAAUUUAUUACAAAAAAGGCCAUUUGUGUG